CUGACAUCACCCUACUUUCUGACUUGACUGGAAUUGAAGGGAAUUGACCCCCACCCUGAGACAUAUAGGCCUGCAAAGGGGAGAUCUAUAGGGGAGUAGGAAAACCUGACGUAUCGGCUGAUAGGAUGACAUUGGCUAAAAAGCCCAGCCCACUUUCAAGCUCUCUUCUUCCGUCCACAUCUAUCGCUCUCACUCCAGUCCACAUCAUUAUCCAUUCCAUCAAGGUAGAGCGGCCAAAGCCAACCCACGUCUGGCCGGUCGUUCCGUUCCGCUACUGCUAUUUGUGUGUGAGUGAGCGCAGCGAGCUAACGAGGAUUGUGUGAGUCCUCGCCAAGGAUUAGUGGAGUUGGUUUGUCCUCAGUAGAUACAGUGUCGCGGCAGCUGCAGUUACAUCAAAGGCUUUAGCUCGCUCUUCCAGGUCACAUCAACGGGAACGUUGCUGGAUAGUAACCGUUUGAUAUCCCUCUCCACUGUAAUAGCUGCUGCCAGUGCUGCUGCAGAUUCGCCUUUCCGUGGCAAAGGCUACAUUUUUCCGAACGGACUUAUAAAUGUCGGACCUCAUCGGAAUGAUGCACUGAAGAAAGACUAGGCUACAUGCAAGCGUCUGUCCAGAGGCUGCAGUAUAGCUGAGCGAUUGCAGCACACUUUUGACGAUUUUUUUUACGGUUCCACAGUCUAACAUCAGUGGUUGUCUGUAAAGGGAGAAUCGUGAAUUUCGAUCGCCCUGCGCUCGGCGAAAACAUAAUGGCCACUCUACUGCGGAAAAUCGGUCUGAUUCGUCUUCACGACCGGGACACAGAGGACCCCAAGCAUCACCAGGGCUCGCUAAAGGGGACCAAGGGGAACACCAAGAACACCAAGCAGCACUGUCAGACCACCAACGAGACCAACAACCUCCUCAGCACCCCCGAGAUCAAAGCGAAGAAGCUGGACCAGCACAACAGCAAGGACAAACCGUCCGUAAAGGAUAAGCAACAGGGCAAGGACGCCAAUGAGAAACAGCAGAUGGGAGGCGGAGGAGGAGGUGGGAUCGGGGUUGGAAAAUCAGCGACCAGUGCCUCAAUACCACCACUAGCCCCUCACCGGCAGCACUGCACCCAAGUCCGGACGAGGAGACUUAUGAAGGAACUCCAGGAGAUCCGGCGGUUGGGAGACAACUUUAUAACGGUCGAGCUGGUCGACGACAAUCUAUUUGACUGGAACGUCAAGCUCCACCAGGUGGACAAAGACUCGGCGCUGUGGCAGGACAUGAAAGAAACAAACACCGAGUUCAUUCUGCUGAAUGUCUCUUUCCCCGACAAUUUCCCGUUCUCUCCGCCAUUCAUGAGGGUGCUCACCCCCCGGUUGGAAAACGGGUACGUUCUGGACGGUGGAGCGAUAUGUAUGGAGUUGUUAACCCCCCGCGGAUGGUCCAGCGCCUACACAGUGGAAGCCGUGAUGAGACAAUUUGCGGCAAGUCUGGUAAAAGGACAGGGGCGUAUCUGCAGAAAAGCAGGGAAGUCCAAGAAGGCGUUUAGCCGCAAAGAGGCGGAGGCCACCUUUAAGAGUCUGGUGAAGACCCACGAGAAGUACGGCUGGGUCUCCCCCCCUGUGUCUGACGGCUGAGGAGACGGGCCGGCCACGACGCUAGCUAGCCAUGCUAACCAUGACACACCACGCUAACUCGACUCCUCCUCCUUGACCAUACCACUCCACCGCUCCAGUUGUUUUCGGUUGCUUUGGGUUUUUUCUUCUUGUUGUUUUGAUCAGCUCACUGAGACUUCAGAAGGAACAAAUGAAGGAACGCUUGCCUACUUCGUCUUCACUUUGCCGAUAAUCGUCAUAAUCUCGUCAUCAUCAAACCUUCCUCCAGCGCUGCACUCCUCCCUCCCUCCUUCUCUCUCUCUGUGUUCAUCCCUCCUUCGGGCUGAGUAGAAGGUUCUGCGGGAUGUGCGUGAACUGACUUAUUCAGGAAAGUGUGUGUGUGUGUGUCAGCGGAGUGUUUGUCACAGUGGUUGAUGGAUUGGGUUUCCGACACACGCACACACACACCAACCACACACCCACACUGACUGUGUGGGGAUCUGUGGAAAGACUGUGAAAGACUACAUGAGAAGAGGGAAAUGUAUCCCCUCUCCUCUUUUAUCCCACCCUCCCAUCUCACCUUCCUUCCUCUCCUCUUUUAUCCCACCCUUCCAU